UUAGGUUGGUCAGCACGUUAUCGCAAGGUGCCUUUUGAUGUCACUGUGAACAUGGCCGACUGGUAGGACCAGACUCCAUACCCCAAAGCCAGUUCAGAAUGACCGAAGAAGCAUGCCGAACACGGAGUCAGAAACGUGCUCUUGAACGGGACUCAACGGAGGACGAUGUGGAGAGCAAGAAAAUAAAAAUGGAGAGAGGAUUGUUGGCUUCAGACUUAAACACUGAUGGAGAUAUGAGGCUGACACCUGAGCCAGGAGCAGGCCCAGCCCAAGGAUUGUUGAGGGCAGCAGAGGUCACAGCCACGGGCAGAGGUGAAGGGCUGGUGGGCGACGGGCCCGUGGACAUGCGUACCUCACACAGUGACAUGAAGUCUGAAAAGAGACCCCCCUCACCCGAUGUGAUCGUGCUGUCUGACAAUGAGCAGCCCUCGAGCCCUCGAGUGAACGGGCUGACUCCGGCGGCCUUGAAGGAGACCAGCACUGAGGCCCUCAUGAAAAGUAGUCCUGAAGAACGAGAAAGAAUGAUCAAGCAACUGAAAGAAGAGUUGCGAUUAGAGGAAGCAAAACUUGUUUUGUUGAAAAAGUUGCGGCAGAGUCAAAUACAAAAGGAAACCACCGCCCAGAAGCCCACAGGCUCCACAGGGAGCACUGUGACCACCCCUCCCCCGCUUGUGCGGGGCACCCAGAACAUUCCUGCCGGCAAGCCAUCGCUCCAGACCUCUUCAACUCGAAUGCCUGGCAGUGUCAUCCCCCCACCCCUUGUCCGAGGCGGGCAGCAGGUGUCCUCGAAGCUGGGGCCACAGGCAAGCUCGCAGGUCGUCAUGCCCCCACUUGUCAGGGGUGCCCAGCAAAUCCACAACAUCAGACAACAUUCCAGCACGGGGCCGCCGCCUCUCCUCCUGGCCCCCCGGGCGUCUGUGCCCAGUGUGCAAAUUCAGGGACAGAGAAUCAUCCAGCAGGGUCUCAUUCGUGUUGCCAAUGUCCCCAACACCAGUCUGCUCGUCAACAUCCCGCAGCCCACCCCAGCGUCGCUGAAAGGGACAACAACCACUUCCGCUCAGGCCAACUCCACCCCCACCAGCGUGGCCUCUGUGGUCACCUCUGUUGAGUCGCCAGUCAGCCGGCAGGCAGCCGCCAAGCUUGCGCUGCGCAAGCAGCUGGAGAAGACGCUGCUUGAGAUCCCCCCUCCCAAGCCCCCCGCCCCAGAGAUGAACUUCCUGCCCAGUGCGGCCAACAACGAGUUCAUCUACCUGGUAGGCCUGGAGGAGGUGGUGCAGAACCUACUGGAGACGCAAGCAGGCAGGAUGGCGGCCUCCGUCGCGCUGUCCCGGGAGCCCUACAUGUGUGCACAGUGCAAGACGGACUUCACUUGCCGCUGGCGGGAGGAGAAGGGCGGCGCCAUCAUGUGCGAGACCUGCAUGACGACCAACCAGAAGAAGGCGCUCAAGGUGGAACACACUAGCCGGCUGAAGGCCGCCUUCGUAAAGGCGCUGCAGCAGGAGCAGGAGAUCGAGCAACGGCUCCUGCAGCAGGGUGCGGCCCCCACACAGGCCAAGGCUGAUGCCACCGCUGCCUCGCACCCGGCACUAAAGCAGGUCAUAAAACCCCGGCGUAAGUUGGCGUUUCGCUCAGGAGAGGCUCGCGACUGGAGUAACGGGGCUGUGCUACAGGCUUCCAGCCAGCUGUCCCGAGGUUCGGCCACAACACCCCGAGGUGUCCUGCACACAUUCAGCCAGUCGCCCAAACUGCAGAACGCGGCCUCAGCCACGGCCCUGGUCAGCAGGACUGGCAGACAUUCAGAGAGAGCCGUGAACACCGGCAAGGGCAGCGCAGCCUCCAGCUGGAAGAAGACUCAGCUGAGUGCAGGCGGGACCCUGACGUUUGUCAGCCCGAGCCUGGCAGUACACAAGACCUCCUCGGCAGUGGACCGCCAACGAGAGUACCUCCUCGACAUGAUCCCGCCACGCUCCAUCCCCCAGUCAGCCACGUGGAAAUAGUGCGAGCCAGGCCCCGCGGAGGACGGGUUCCCUCCUCCCCCACCCAGCCCCCGUCUGGGAGGACACACUGCACCCUCCUCCGCUGGCCCAGGAGGACACCGUGCUUGCCCUGAGAGUGAGCACCAGCCA